AUGACCACCAUAUCGCCGAUCAAGCUCGCCAUCGACGCCAACAACAAGCCUGCCAACCUACCGCGCCCCGAGGCGAUCGUCCAUGCCACCAACUCCAAUUCCAGCUACCUCCGUGGCGUCGCUCUCGCCUACAAGUCCUGCGGCGCCACCGCCUACUUCUGGGUCAAGUAUGGCUGGUCUAUCAUCAUGGGUGAAGCCCCGACGCAGGGCUUCGUCGCGCAAGCCAUUAACGGCAAGGCUAAUGCCGCCGUGCGGGUCCCCAGUGUCUACCUCGCCUUCCGGUCGGGCAGCUACGGCUACAUCGUGAUGGAAUACAUCGACGGGUCGAGGUGCGACGACUCCGAUGCCGAGCUGGUGGCCGCCGCCGUGCAAUCCCUCAUCGCCAUCCAGGGGCCGACCGCUGCACCCGGACCCGUCGGCGGAGGCCCGAUCGCGCACCGCUUCUUCGUCGACUGGGAGUCCCCCGUGACUUACGACUCCGUCCAGUUGCUGGAAGAACAUAUUCUCGCUCACGAAGGCAGGGGCGAGUGUGUCAGUUUCGGGCCUGAGGUCAAGGCUCACGGCCUGCGCCUCUGCCCCUGUGAUAUGAACCGAACCAACUUCAUGAAGGACCUCAAGGGCAUGAUCGUGGCCCUCGACUUUGGCGCCAGCUGUUUUCUACCUCCCUCCUUCGCCUUCGCGCUGCGCGAGGGCGACGACUUCACCCAGUCGAUUGCCAGGCACCUCAAUUAUCCUGCGUCGACGCAGCUUAAUCCGAUGCUCAUGGCUUCCUACAUCUUGGUCUUGUUCGGUACGAACAAGAUCGGUAUCCCGCCCAAGCUCAAGAACACGGCCAAGUAG